GCUGAUUUUCAACUUGCACAUGAACAUUAUUUUUUGUCUGCAAUUCCAUCAAUUUAAUGACUUGUUCAAUUUUUCCACACUUUUGAACUCCGAUGAAGUAUUGAUCUUACUUAGCGCCUACAUGGUGGUAUCGAGCUGAUAUGGCGCCUAUUUAGACUGAAAAUUUGACACUUGGAAAACAAUAAACAAAAAAUUAAAAAUCAUCCCCUUCUCCAAACUGCCGUUCCAUUAACCCUUCCUCCGUCGCCUCCACCUUCAUCACCACCGUCAGGUGGUCCCCCUUCUUCUUGCCCUACCACCUUCUUAAGACCGAUGCCUCCUCCCCGAACCUCCAGCUCGCUGUCGGCGACCGCCAUGGCCGUAAUAGAUAUUUGUGCAAGGAACUCCUCGGAAAUAGUUCGCCUCUGAAUUUUUCCAGAUGCGAUUUUAGGGAGUGAAUCGGUUCCGAAAACCUUCUUUGAAACCUUGAAUGCUACCAAAUUUUUCUUGCAGAACUUGAUAACCUCUUCGUCAUCAAGAUUUGAUUCGUCUCUUGGAAUUAACCUCUUCCUCAUCAAGAUUUUUCAACUCGAUUUUCGCUCCAAAUCCCCUGGCUUCUUCUUCGACACCGCCAACCCUGAUUCCCCAAAAUUGGGCGUCCGAAAUCUCUGCUAGAUCCAAGACCCGAUUGGACUCGGGUGCCUCGCCGCCAUCUUCGGGCCCUCGCUGCAACGCCACCACCUACUGGGAUUGAGGGGAGAACUUAGGGUGUCAGGCGACGGCGACUGAAAUUGAGGGUUUGGAAGCAACCUUGAUGUCGUCGUUGCUUUCCAGUCUGAGCGAGCGAGAGAGACGAUGGUGGCCGAAAAGGCGGCGACCUUCGCCGAAAAAGAAAGGGGAGGAGACCUUCGCCAGUUCCAUGUGACGGAGAAGAGAGAGAGAAAGUGGAGAGAGAGAGAGGUCAAAGAACCAAACGACGUCGUUUUACUCCAACUAAACAGCGUCGUUUUAUUCAUCGUCGGACAAUUCCUUGUCAUAUUUCCGGCAGCUUAAAAUGUGCCAUGUCAGCUUCUAAUUUGGAGAAUUAUGAAAUUUGUGGAAAAAUUGAACGACCCAUUAAAUUGAUGGUAUUCCAGAUAAAAUUUAAAGGUUAUGGAAAAGUUUAAAAUUGAGAUAAAAUUCCUGAAUUUUAACGUAAUUAACCCUGACCGAAACGAUAAUCUUCCAAUAAUAGACGUUGAGUAUAAUAUAAAAAGCCAAUUAUUGGCUCAAUAACAUUUUUUUUUUUUUUGGAAUCGGCUCAACAGCAAUUUAAUGUUACAAAAUUCAUAAUAAAACGUCAUUAUUAUAGGCGAGUAUAAUAUAAAGACAAUUAUUGUCUCAACAACAAUUUAAUGUUACAAAAUUCAUAUAAUACUGAUUCCUGAAUGAAAAGCAAAGUUGGAAGGGCAUUGUGGUGAUUUGGAGAGAGGAGAGUCUCCAAUCUCCAUCAUGUGAGAGUGAGAUAUAUAUAAGGGAAGGGUUGUGAAAAAGUGAUCGCUGAGUAUAAUCGGCGGAAUGGCCCAGCCCCAAGACGGCAUUAACGAGAGACUGGGCGACGACGAGCUCCGAGCCGUCCUCUCCAAGCUCCAAGAUGACAAGGACAAGGAGCUCUUCGGCCUUGUCUGCAAAAGGUGGCUCCAUCUCCAGAGCAUCGAGAGGCGCAAGCUCUCUGCCCGCGCCGGCCCCCACAUGCUCAACCGCCUCGCCGCCCGAUUCACGCGCCUCCGCGAGCUCGACCUCUCUCAGUCCGUCUCCCGCUCCUUCUAUCCCGGCGUUACCGACUCCGAUCUCUCAGUCAUUGCCGCCGCCUUCUCCUCCUUGCGACUUCUCAAUUUACAGAACUGUAAAGGCAUAACAGAUAAGGGAUUGGCAUCACUUGCAUCUGGGAUUCCUUCUUUGCAGUUCUUAGAUGUAUCCUAUUGCAGAAAGCUAACUGAUAAGGGGCUCUCAUCUAUAGCAAGGGGUUGCUGCGACCUGAGAGCCUUGUAUGUCGUGGGUUGCAGAUUUGUCACAGAUGCCUUAUUAAGUGCUCUUUCGAUGAACUGUCGUAAUUUAGAAGAGUUAAGUUUGCAAGGAUGCUCUAAUAUAACUGACUCGGGUCUCACUGUUCUUGUCAAGGGUUGCAAGAGAUUGAAACAAUUAGAUCUCAAUAAGUGCAGUAAUAUCGGGGAUAUUGGCAUAUCUAGUAUAUCAAAAGCUUGUUCUUCUUCACUGCUAACUCUGAAAUUACUUGAUUGCUACAAGAUUGGGGAUGAGUCCAUAAUCUCCCUGGCCAAACACUGCAAAAAUCUAGAGACAUUAAUUAUUGGUGGUUGUCGAGAAUUAUCUGAUGAAUCCAUAAAGCAGUUUGCUUCUGCAUGUCACGACAGUCUCAAGAAUCUCCGAAUGGAUUGGUGUUUAAAUGUCUCAGACGCUUCCUUAGAAUGCAUAUUUUUCUUCUGCAGGAAGCUUGAGGUUCUUGAUGUUGGAUGCUGUGAGGAGGUCACUGAUGCUGCUUUUCAGGGAUUGGGAAAUGAUGGUUCUAAGUUGAGUUUAAAAAUUUUGAGGGUAAGUAAUUGUCCCAAAAUUACAGUAGAUGGAAUCAGGAAGCUCUUGAAGUCUUGCGAAGCUCUUGAAUAUCUUGAUGUGCGUUCGUGCCCCCAUGUAACUGAAGUAAGAUGCCAGGAGGCUGGAUUGCAGUUUCCAGUAGGAUGCAAGGUCAAUUUUUCUGGGAGCUUGUCGGAGCCAGAUGUCCUAUGCUGAGAAUAUUACUAAAUGUCUUGGUGCGGUUGCGAUUUCUGGAUUUUGGGUUCAUCUUUGUCCACCUGAAGGGGUGGAGAAUCUUGAGCCCGCGUGCAGUGCCCACUUGAUCAGAGGGAUUCUUAUGCAUAGCUGAGUUCCCGAAACAAGUCUGUCACUGCAGAUGUAUAUUACAAUUGCUACCCUUGUUUCCUUGAUAGUUUUAUUAUAUUAUGAAGUAGAUACCUUCCAUUGAUUGUACAUUUCUUUAAGCAGACACCACCAUGUUUUGUACAAUUGUCUAAUGAUUUCUUAAUUUGUAAAUUGGCAUAAAGGGCUUCUUCUAUGUCAAUCUACUCUUAGGUAUUCCCCGGGUGCAAAUGAGGGCCUUAACAGCCGCAACAUGAUUGUAAAACAAUGCUAUUAUUAUGUGUGACAUUCUGUUUAUUAUU